CGCGGACUGAACGCGCCGCGACAGUCACGCUCAACACCGCGCGCGCGCCAGGCACACCGCCCAGCCUGUUGAUGUACCACGAUUGACCCCGCCCAAACCCGGAGUUCAUGCGCGCUUUGAAACAUGGCGCCCAGCAAGCCACGAGAACCCUCCAUUGAGCGCACCGAAGAAUACGACAAGUUUCUCGAGCAGCUGCAAGCUUAUCACGACAAGAGAGGGACAUAUCUCGACCGCGAGCCCAAGGUUGCCAACCAGCACAUCGACCUAUUGCGCCUCUACAAGCGCGUAAAUAAUGAAGGCGGAUACGACAAGGUCUCAGAUACGAAGAAUAACAAGCUUGCGUGGAGAAGACUAGCUGCAGACUUCUUGCAGGACAGUUCUGCGAGUCAACUCACGACUCAGGCAUUCUUGAUCAAGACAGCAUACUACAAGAACCUAGCGGCAUACGAAAUAUCGACGAUACACAAGCGCGAACCGCCGCCCAAGGAGAUUCUCGAGGACAUCACAGCCAAGGGAGGGGACCUGCUGAAUCGCACUGUAGAGAACUUCUAUCGUGGGAGUCGCGAGGCCGAGAGACUGAGAACUGGCGAUUCCGACGACUCCGACGAAGACGGUGACAUGAAAAAGACACCCAACGCCGACAAGAUGGACGUGGACGAGCCGGGAAGCACAGGGCGACCGACGAGGUCGCUGCGCCAUGCGCCCCCCCAGCGCGUUCUCUUCCAGCCAGAGACAUCCACCAGGCAAACACGUCAAUCCGCAGGUCAUAUGAACUCCCCAGGGGUUAAUGGAUACGGCUCGAGUGCUGCAGCUGUAGCUAUUGCGAACUAUGAGCCACGAACGAACAUUCCGCUUGCAUUGAAGCAAGUUGUAACCCCGUCGAACAAUUUGGACGCAUACGUUGCAUCGCGCAAGAAGUACAUCGUGAACAGGAAGAACAGGCCGGUACCGCUGAAGGGCAUGAUGUUGCCUGGCACUGGUUUUCCUGGACCGAACAUCUACAUUCGCGCUCUACACGCACUGCGAUCAAAGGAGCCAGAGGAAGAAGCGUAUGCACUGCACCAUCUUGUUAAGAUCUCCCACGAGCGCGGCGACAAAUACCGUUUCGACCAGUUCCCUGGGCUUGCCGAGGCACUCAUCGCGAAAGUGAUCGAUGUUGGAUCGCUCUUCUUCGAUGUCAGAUGGGACAUCUCAUACGUUGAAGAAGAGUUCGAGAAGCCGGGUGUACUCAAUGGCUUAACGGGUACCAAGGAUCUGUUGAAGAAGAUUCGCGCGCUUCAGACAUUAGAUAUCGAGGACGAUCUGCUGCCAGAAGAGAAUGCCAAGGCUCUCAACAUGAUCAACGAAGCAGCGUUAAUCAUUCGCAACAUGGUAAUGCUGAAGGAGAAUGCUCUCUUUGCCUCCAUGAUCCCAGCCGUUCGGGACUUGAUUGUCGUUGUACUCAACCUGCCGAAGCAUCCCACUGUGGUCGAGCUGCAACACUACGCCCUCGAGAUCGCCGAGCAACUGACCAAAAACUGGGUCUUGGACUCACAAGAUCCUGUUUAUCGAUCUUUACUUACUCAGAUCGACUCUGAUGACCGCGGUCGAAUCAUCACCUCAUUGAGAGCUCUUGGCAGGAUAUCAAUGAACCUGGAAGCCACCAACAAGCUGUCCGAUGUGCCUGUAAAGACAUUGCAAUCGAUAUGCGACUGGCUUCUUGUCGAAGAUGAAGAUCUGAGGAUAGCAUGCUUGGACUUUCUCUACCUGUUCACAGGCUUCCCGGAUAACGUUGAGCUUCUCGCGCAUGAAGUGAACGUCGAAGCUGUCGUAGGACAGCUUGUUCGAUUACUGCAGUUCGGCGCCGUCGCCUAUGAGGAGAGGCGAAGUACGCCUAAAACGACAAAGUCAUCCACACCCAAUGAUGCGGCGCCCAAGCUCUCCUCUGCGAUCAUCGACCACCUCGUGACACUAGAAGAGCCAGAGCGAAGCUCGCAGUGGCUCAAGACAUGCUUCGAGGAGGAGCCAACAGGCGAGAUCACCCAGAUUCAGCUCUGGUCGGCGUACAAUGCGGCUUUCCAGGAAGUCAUGGCUGUCAAUCCGUCCGCUUUCAAAGCACUCAUGCCAGCUAAGGACUUCAUUACAAAUGUGUCUACAACCUUUGGUGGUGCAUCUGCGCAAGUGCUGACAGUUGGCGGCCAACCAAAGUACACCAUUCGAGGAAUAAGGCCACGAUCUGUGCCAGUUGAUCCUAGCACGAGGAGACAAUACAUGCGUUGCUGUUGGAUAGCACCCAGCACAACCAAUGGUACCUCGGAUCCAAAGCACCUCCCCAGGGCAGAGUGCGGCGAGUACGCAUCGGGCGCGCGAGCAAUGUGGGAACAUAUUGUCGGUGUUCACCUCAAGGUCCCUCGCGACCAGGAAACAGGUCAAUGGAUACUAGAGCCAAAACCGGACAUUGACAUGGAGAAUGGCGAUGCGAUUGCAACCUCAAAACCCCAGACAUACAACUGCCAUUGGGCAGGCUGCAACCACUUCCCCGACGAUAUCGAUUCUGCCUUUGUUGCUGGUCAGCACAUCAAGACGCAUCUGCCCGACACCUCGGUCAAGCAAGCGAUUCACGCCCGUCACAACCGCGCUGCUGAGGACUCACGGCCCUCGACGUCCUCUGCUCAGGGCGCCGGCUACAGCAGCACCCUUGGCAGCGCCAGCCGCUACACACCCACUAAUAACUCUGCAUCUCUCGCUCCCAACUUUAGAUACUUCAACACCGCAACAGACGAAGCCAACGACGCUGCUGGUCUUCCUCUCUCCUCUGUACUUGUCCUCCGCAACCUUGCGCGACAGCUGAACAAGAUCCCGCCGCCUUCCCAGGUACUCGAGAUCCCAGACUCACCAACGCACAAACGCACAUUUAGCGCGACGGAGCCGGGGAGCCCGAACGCGCACCGCACAACAGGGGCGAAGAAGCCGCGUCUCAGCGACGCGGCGAGGGAACAAGCGCGCGAAGACGGUGAAAGGGAGGAGAAGGAAGCAAAGAACGUGGGCUGGGUGCCCCGCGUGUUUGCGCCAGUGAGAGACCAGUUGGCAUUCGUAGCCAGCCACAACCUGACGCUGAAGAACUACAUGGGCGGGUUGCUGAAGGCCAUCGCUGAUGGUGGGGCCUGAGGCUUCGCAUACAAUGGGAGGGUGUUCCGACCAAGACUCACUGGUGAUUGUGUUGUAUCGAGUCUGCGAGGAACCUUGAGACCAUCGGACAGUGUUUGCAAGGGAAAUGCGAGAUCUGAGCAAGGCGUUCAGGGAAAUAAAUUAUGUCGCUCGAGUGCAAAUGCUUAAUACAAGCAGCUAAGAGGACACGGCUAGGCUUUGGAUAUUAUGUUAUACCUACCACUGAAAUAGUGUAGCCGAACGAUUCUUCUUCUUUACAUGAAGUCAGAUCGAGAUCCUC